AUGGCUUGCACUCGGCUCUUUCGCUUGGCUACUGCGGCGCACUUGACGUGGUAUCUUGCUCUAGUUCUCAUCUGCGUUGCCGCCGCUGCCGCGCCUACCUUCUCCGCAUCCUCCGCAUUCCAGCAGCACAAGGACAGGCGCGUCGCGCAAUUGCGAGCUGCAUUGCUUGACAGUGCCCUGUACAAUGUAGAGACGCUCUCUGAUCCGCCGCUGGAGUUGGGUGUUCACACCGCCUGCAAAAAAUUUGGCCGCGGCUGCCCGGACGCGUACAUUCAGUUUCUCGAGGGGCUCUUAAAUACGCUGAGGGCAGAGGCCACUGAUGGAGACUGCCGAAACAGGACAAGCGGAAACGCACAGGGGGAAGAGGCGAAGAAUUUGACGCGUCAGGCUCAAGCGGAGGCGAGCAAUGACGCGAUGUCACACGAGAGGUCUGUUUUUGAGGCCCCUCAGCAGUACAUCUGGGGCGUGGACGACCGCAUUACCGACGGUGCUGUUUCUCUUGCCUCACUCCUGCCGCGUGACCUUCGGCUUCCUCUGCAGCUGUCGUGGCCAUACGAGGCGCGGAAGCGUCUUGAGAACCUGCACCAUCUCCUUGCCACUCGCGAGGCCGAGUUCCACAGAGAUGGUGUCGCACUGACGUCGCUGCAGCGACUCUACCACGUACCACCUGCCGAGCGCAUUCACUUGGUGGAGGACCUAGACGGUGUCAUGGCGGCGUGGCUACACACUGCUUGUGCUAUCGGCUCGUCGUCGUCGUCAGUUCCCCUGCCUACGGGGUGGACGGAGCAGAAGUGGGAGGAUGUGUACGGCCUGUGGUGUCGACAUGUCGAGCAAUGCUACCAGAAUCGACGAAAUGCGGACUUGAAUGCCGCUAAUAUGACGACAGCAACUCCUUCUAGCUUAUUGCCUCUCCCUCGCAAGGCGUGGCGUUGCAUUGCACUUCACCACGUGACACUGUACCUGCAGCUGCUUGUGGGCGCAGAUCAGCUUCUCACCUCGGCUUGCAGUUGGACCUUUUGUGUUGCAGUACCGAGUGCAUUUCUGACGUGCAUUCUUCUGUGGCUCUGCGUUGGAGAUGCAUGGACGGAAGCGGCCGAGGCCUUCAUGGUGAAUUCGUCUGUGGCUGCGCCUAAUGCUACAGAUCAAGACAACGGCGAGGUGAAUGGGCUUGGUGAGAGUAGUGGUACAGAACCCAGCACCACACAGCACGAGUGCCGACCUACCUCGACGGCCACGGGAUCUCCCUCGACGCCAAGCGCACGUUCCCCCGUGCGUGGGACCGAAGCAGAGCUGCCGAUGUCUCCCGUACCGUCUGUCGCUUUCACAGAAGGGCGACAUGGUACAGCAUCGGCACAGUGCGACGCAGUGCCUGCCUCGGAGCACUGUUAUUGCCAGCUCCAAAGGCAGCGCGAAAGGCAACAGCAGCGCCGCGCGGCUCUGCUACGCUGUCGUUUUGCUGAAUCUGUGCUCCACCGCUCUUCGACUCUCUUUUUUCUCAAAUUGCGGCUUCUUCUGUGCCUCCUCGUGGCAGGCCAACUGCUGUGGAGCCUGUGGUGUGUCUUGGCUGCCAGCUAUAACAUGACCGCCUCAGCUGCCUCGCUGGUGCAGUUCUUUCUCCCGUCCUGGCUACUGGCGUGUCUGAGCGCGUAUCUCGUUGUACCGCUGCAGGUGGUGGUGCUGGGGACAGCGUUGAAGGGUGCACUAAGCGCGCAUGAGGAGCUCCUGUCUUUCCAAGCCAAGUGCGCAGCUGAGCAGCGCGCUCUUCUGAAUGCUGCUGGGGUGCUUCCCUCGAGUGGCUGA